GAUUUGAAGACAAUAUCAUUGAGACACUUCAGAAAUAUGGCUACAAAGGGGAGUAUAUGUCAAAGGACUGGCUGUCGCAACCAAUAUUUAUUCAAUCCUUUGCUCCAACUUCACUCAUAUAUGUUUCAAAUCUCACAGACUCUCCUAAAAUUUUCUUAAUCGAUGAUGUGAAUGUGCCAAACUCGGGCUUUAUGUCAAAGUCGUGCUCAGAGAUCACUUCAGAUGCUUAUUUCGAUUACAUCAAACAAUAUGUGGUUGGCAUCAGACCAUGGAAGGAUACAGUUGUCCCACCUAUAGAGAAUCAUCUGACGACAGCUACCGAUCUUGUUGCUAAGCAACAUGCUCACGAUUUGCUGGUGCAUCCAUACACCUACAGAAAUGAGUUCAUGUUCCUUCUCUUGAACUUCCAUCAUGACCCCUAUGGAGAGUAUGAUUUUUGGAUUAACAUGAUUGGAACUGAUGGAUUAUUCUCAGAUUUCACUGGAAGCUUACAUAAUUUUGAGGACCGGACAUCUCAUUCAUCCAAAAACAAGAAAUCUGAAGUGUAGUUGUUGUAUGACGUUGAAGCAAUGAUCACAUCAUUUUCAAACUCUUAAAAAUCUGCACGCUACUUUUACUGGAAAACAAGCAUUACAUCAUGCAAUGCGAAAAUCUUUGAAAAUCUUUGAAAUUCUUUGCAGUCAGCUAUUGCAGUUCUAGUCUUUUCAAGGAGUACUCUAGAGAGUAAGCAAUUCUGGAAUCCAAGGAAUUGAAAGAUGCUUCAAAAUUAUAUGCCAUACAAAGUGCCAACUGUGCAAAUUAUCACGUAAAAAAUGGAUGAAAUAAAAGUGCC